CUUUGGCCACGUUUGCCAAAGGAAGUGGACGCACAAUUUUGGCGGAAUCGUCUCAUUUUCUUCUGUUUAUAUUCAAAUUUCUGUAUCAUACAUUUACGCCGAACGCGCACAGUACUCGUUUGGGUAAAAUUUUGCCCACUGGACGUUCGUGAAGUUGAUAUUUGAUCGAUCAUUAUUAAUAGAGUGUGGUUUAUUUUCUGGUUUUGUUAUUAUUACCUGUUGAAAUUGGCAAGUAUGACGCAUAAUCGUGGUGCAUUUUACACGAUUGUCGUGCUUUUAUCCCUGGUUAUACUUGUUCACUGCAAACCUGUACAGAAACCUAACGAUUCAGAGAAGAAGAAAGAUGAAUGGCGAAAGGAGGAAGACCCAGCUUAUGUCAAAUAUUUAAAGCAAGUUAUUGAAAUACUAGAGGAAGAUGAGAACUUCUCAAAGAGACUUGAGAAUGUGACAGAGGAAGACAUUCGAAGCGGUAAGAUUGCUGAAGAGAUCGAUUUUGCAAGUCAUCAUAUACGUACUAAAUUGGACGAACUUAAACGCAAAGAGAUUGAGUCUCAGAGACAGUUAUUGAGAAAGCAAGAAGAUGUUCGUCGUGGUAUACAUAGGGAGUACUGGAAUCCUUUGAACGACAGGGAAAAUCCGAAUACAUUUGAAGUAGGAGAUUUGAAGAAAUUGCUUGCUAAGCACCAUGAGGAAAUGAAUGAGAUUGAUAAAAGAAGAAAGGAUGAAUUUCGAAGACAUGAAAUGGAUAAAGAACACAAACGGAGAGUGUCAGAAAAGGGGUUGGAUGAAGAAAAGAAGAAAGAAGCUGCAGAAGAAAGAAGAAGACUGAGAGAAAAACACAUCAGAGAUGCUCAGAGAGUCAACCAUCCAGGCAGUAAACAGCAACUUGAGGAAGUAUGGGAAGAAGAAGAUGGAUUUGACAAAGAUCAAUUCAAUCCAAGGACAUUCUUCAAAAUGCAUGACAAAGAUAAUGAUGGACAAUUAGAUCCGUACGAAUUGGAAAGUUUGUUUUACCGUGAGGCUAGCAAGAUUCACAACAGUACUGAUCCAGAUUUUGAUAGACGAGCACUGGAUGAAGAAGUUCAAAGGAUGCGUGAACACGUUGUGAAAGAGGUCGACAAAGAUAACGAUGGUUUCGUGUCGUACGAUGAAUUCAUCGGGGCAACAAAAGAUCCGGAAUAUGAGAAACCGCCUGAGGAAAACUGGAAACCAAUUGACGAUGAAAAAGAGUUCACCGAUGAAGAAUUUGAAGAAUACGAGAAAGAGUUUGACGAUGAUGAGGAUGAUGAGGAAGAAAACCACAAUGAAGUUCCAGCGGGCGCGACCGUGACGCAACAGGAUGCUGCUGCCCCUCAUGUACCGCUGGCGCAUUCACCCGAGCAGGAAAAACGUGAACAUGGCGGAGAAAACACUCAAUAGAAUGUAAAUAGAAAAAUGUAAUCUUCAACGGCAUGCAGAACUGUACUAGCAAUGCGGUUGGUAAAGCAUGUGAGGAAUAAAUGGGUGUUUAUUAUAAAUUUCUGUACGGUGUGAUUGCGGGUUACUUCAUGAAGUUAUCGAUACCCUAGUCCUACAGUGUAAUCGAGAUUUUUAAAAAUCCAUCCAAUUUUUAAUGUAUAAUCGUUCCAAUGUUUUGUUUUGCAAAUUUUAUCGUGAAUGCAAAUUUUACAGCCAAUCCUGCGUUAAGCCGGUUUUUCACUAGCGAUAUUUUUCCCGCGAAGCGACUUUAUUCCUUUGUUAUUUGAGCAAUUCGUUC